GAGUUAUUUUACGGGGGCUCAACCCUGGAUAAGCCAUGCAUUUAUCGGCAGCAUCCCUCUGCCAGGGCUUUGUGUCCCCCAUACCUUGUCCUCAACCUCCCGCUGUCUCCGGGACCCCUGACGGGACCCCCCAGCAUCCUCCCAGGGUGGUCCAGCUCCGGGUGGGUGGAUGAAACCCCCUUCCCUGCCUUCUAACAUGGCUCAGAUCUCUGGCGGGCGAAGGCUUUUCCUCCUCCCAUCACGGCGGGGGCAGCUCCGGCACAGCCCCUCUCCUCACCCCAAAACCGGGGCCGGCUGCAGCUCUGAACCCCCCAAGUCCCGGCCGCUGCGACGCCAAGCUCAGCUUCUCCCUGGCAAAAAGGACACCAUGGUCCCGGGGGGCCCCUGCUGGUGCCUGCUGGUGGGGCUCUGCGCCCUCGUACCCCCCACCACCGCCCAGGGGGGACCAGACGAGGACGUGACACCCAGCAUCAGGACGGAGGAGUUGGGGUACCACCUCACCCAGGAUGGGGACCCCCUCCAGGACCCCCAGCGCUGUGGCAUCACCUUCCACACCCCCAGCCCUUGCAGCCCCCGUGGGCCACCCCCCUCCACCUCUCGUGAUGAGCUGGAUCAUCUCAAGAGCCUCUUGCAGGACACCAAGGCCAGCCUGAAGGACGUGGAGAUGGCGGCCACGUUGGAGGACAACCAGACCCGCUACCAGGACAUCAUCACCGAGGCACUGCCCGCCAUCCACGGAGCCAACCUGGAAUUUCAGGAGAGCCUGGACAAUGUCCGCAGGGAGCUGGAGGCUCACGUGGCCAAGGCUGAUCACCCACGGAUGGCCGAGAAGAAGGAGAAGCUGCAGAAGGGUGUCCGUGUGGUGGCCCACAUGCUACGGCUCACUGCCCGCCUGGCCCAGACCCUCGACGCCGCCUCCCGCCGCCUCCACGCUGAGCUGAGCCAGCGCCUGCAGAGCUCGGCCGCCCGCGCCGCCGCUGCCGCCGAGCCCUAGGACACGGGGACGGGCUCCGCCGUCACCCUGCGUAUGGCCUUGCUUGCUGGUAGGACCCCAACGCGGCUCAUCUCCACGGCUUUUGGGGUGUCCUGGCUCUUCUCCCCGGUCCCGGGAGCUGAGAUUUUGCACGGGGUGUUUGCAGAACGGUUUGGGCGCUGGAGGCGGCAGCGCCGGGCGGGGACGGGAGGUCGCUGCCUGCUACGUGAUGCCGUCGCACAUGUGAUGCCAUCGCACACAUGAUGCCCAUCACCCCAGCCCCAACUCUUCGACGCAUUUAUCCUGCAGGAGCUCUGCACCAUAUAGCAGAGCCUGGUGCCACCACGUGUGCCCAGCCCCAUGCCUGGGGGAAAACCCCUCUGCAGGGGGGUCCUUCCCAUCCCCAGCAGACCUCUGCACCCCUUUGGUCCUCCCUGGAAGAGCUUUAUCCACGCAGGCUCCCUUUUUUCACAGCUAGUCAGCUCUGCCUGCCAACAACUAAGCCAUCACACCCGGAGCCUUGCCUGGACCAGGCUCCUGAGGAUCCCCAGAGGGUCUUAAAAAUUAACGCCAGCUCUUUUGGGGCUCAGCUGCAUCUCGCCAGUGGUCCAGCAGCAUCACCGCCUGCCCGGCGUGGGCAGAACCGCUGCCAGCCCCAGUUAAUCCUUUUGCCCUUGGGAGCAUCUUGUCCAGGCUUGGAAGAGUGUUUUUGUCCCUAGGGUGGGAACAGCGGAGGCUGGGUCGGGAGUUCGGCCCCUCCGGGUGGGCAGGGUGGAGGGGAUGGGGCUGCCCGGGCAGGGCAGGCAGCGGGAGAGCGGCUGCAGAUGAACCUCCCAGCAAUAAAUUGAAGCUGGCAACUCGAGUGCUCCCAACCCACUGAGCUUUGGGCAGGAGGAAAAGAGCUGGAGGCAGAAAAUCCUUGUGUGUUUGCACGCCCAGAGAUUCUCCCUGGAGGCUGGAGGGAAUGGGCAGGGCCACCCAGGCACACCGGGCUCGGGGCACCCCACUAACCCCACGGUGCACCCUAAAGGAUGGGCAAGAGGCAGAAAUACCCCCGGGCAGCGGCCGCGGCACUUCUGCAGGAGCUGCAGGCGGCUAAAUAAAGACGCAUUGUGCUGUGCCAGGCGUCAGCGUUAACUCUGCGUCUGUUUUCUCUCCAUCCUCUGCUGUCUACGGGA